AUGCGUCGGAAUGCAAUGAUAUCGGAGGCAAAUGCUUGGAUGUUGCUGAUUAUUCUAUUGGAUGGGCUCGAAGAGGAGAUUUUGUUAGAAGUGCAGUUCAGCAAAUUGGCGAGUUUAAUUAUUGGAUGUCCAAUACUAAAAAGGAGCAUAACAAGCACGAGAUAGAAUCUUUUUAUUAUUUUGAUACAAAAAUGGAGUUAACAAGCGAUGCUGGAACCCCGAGCACUUAUCGCUGCUUCAAAAAAGAAAAUGUUCGCAAGCCAAAAAGAUGGAGAAUUACGGAUGAGGACUAUACCAAUAAAUUAUACGCU